UGUGUUCCUCCAAAGUGCAGAGCCACCAUCCUGCGUGCAGGUGUCCGCUGGGCUCCGCGGACACCACGCAUCCGGGUCGGAGUUUGCUUCCCAGGACCGUGACAAGCUCCCCUGAAGUUCGGUGGCCACACUGACUUCAGGGAGCUGCAAUGGAGGAGUCACAGGCAGAACUUGGCAUGGAAGCCCCUCUAAGUCAGGAGACAUUUUCAGACCUGUGGAGCCUACUUCCUCAAAACAACGUUCUGUACCAAGGAGUGGAAGAAUUGCUCUCCUCAGAAAAUGUUGCAAACUGGCUGGAUGAAGCUCCCAAUGAAGCUUCCAGCAUGCCAGCAACAACUGUACCAAUAGCCCCGAUACCAGCUACCCUGGCACCAGCCGUCUCCUGGCCCCUGUCAUCCUCUGUCCCGUGUCAAAAGACCUACCCGGGCAGCUAUAACUUCCGCUUAGGCUUCCUGCAGUCUGGGACAGCCAAAUCUGUAACCUGCACGUACUCCCCUGACCUCAAUAAGCUGUUCUGCCAGCUGGCAAAGACCUGCCCUGUGCAGCUAUGGGUCAGCUCACCGCCGCCUCCUGGCACCCGUGUCCGUGCCAUGGCCAUCUACAAGAAGUCAGAGUACAUGACGGAGGUUGUGAGACGUUGCCCCCACCACGAACGCAACUCUGAUAAUGAUGGUCUGGCCCCUCCUCAGCAUCUCAUCCGGGUGGAAGGAAACUUGCAUGCCAAGUAUUUGGAUGAUGAAAACACUUUUCGACAUAGUGUGGUGGUGCCGUACGAGCUGCCUGAGGUCGGCUCUGACUGUACCACCAUCCACUACAACUUCAUGUGUAACAGCUCCUGCAUGGGGGGCAUGAACCGGCGGCCCAUUGUCACCAUCAUCACACUGGAAGAUUCUAAUGGUAAUCUGCUGGGAAGGAGCAGCUUUGAGGUGCGUGUUUGUGCCUGUCCUGGGAGAGACCGGCGCACAGAAGAAGAAAAUUUCCGCAAGAAAGGGGAGCCUCACCCUCAGCCACCCCCUGGGAGCACUAAGAGAGCACUGCCCACCAGCGCCAGCUCUUCUCCCCAGCAAAAGAAGAAGCCACUGGAUGGAGAAUAUUUUACCCUUCAGAUCCGAGGACGUGAACGUUUUGAGAUGUUCCGGGAGUUGAAUGAUGCCUUGGAGCUGAAGGAUGCCCAGGCUGGGAAGGAACCAGGGGGGAGCCGGGCUCACUCCAGCCACCUGAAGUCGAAGAAGGGGCAGUCCACUUCCCACCAUAAAAAACUGAUGUUCAAGACAGAAGGGCCUGACUCAGACUGAUGUCCUCUGCUUCCUGCCCACCACUGAUACACCUUCCUGUAACCCCCUCUCAGCAUUUUUUAGCAUUCUGGUGCUUAAACCUCUGCUUGAUACAGGUGUGCCUUCAAAAUACUCUAGGGUAUUUCCAUUUGUCUUUCCCUGGGUCACCACAAUAGAAGUUGGCCAGCACUGGUGGUUUGGGGAGGGCUAGGGAAGCUGGGAGUUUUCUGCCUUAGCUUUUAAGGUCUGUACUACAAGGAACUUUUGGGAGAGGAAAAGAAAUGUUCCCGUUUAAGGGGCAUUUUAGAAACAGCCAUACAGUGGGUUAGAAGCCUAGUCUUCUACCGUACUAUCCAGGGAAAUUCUUAAGAUGUUGAAUUUCUCCUAACUUCAUUAUCCACUUUAUAAGAUGCUGACAGUUGUACCUACCUCACAGGGUUCUUAGUGAGGAUUAAUGAAAUAAUGUGUAUCUGGCCCCAGCAGCACCUUUUCUCAUAGUACACACAUGGGUACUCUGCCCUUUGGUAGAGGAGCCGAUCAUUUCUAUGACAAGGUGGCUGUUAAAGCUCUUCUCUGCUGGCCCAGACAAGUUCUAUUGAACCUCUUGGUGAACUUAAUCCAGUACCUAAGAGGAAAUCUCACUUCAUCCCACACCCUGGAGAAUUCCAUCCGUGGCUUAGCAUCCACCAAGAUCUGUUUACCCUCCCUUAAAUGACUCAGGGUUGAUUUCAGCUGCAGUCUACAAGGCACAUCUGUAUUCAUCACCCACUCCCCUUCUCUUCUCUUUUUUUAAUCCAAUUUUUAUAUUGAUUAUUUUACAAUAAAAUG